UGCAUUUACGGACCAUGGGCUGCUGCCCUAAGCGCGCCAAACGCAAGCCCACUACCCAGCCCACAACCCCAGCCCCGCUCCCGCCAACGCCCCUGGCCCUGCCUGCGACCACGGCCCCUCCCCCGCCUGCAACCACGCCUCAACCUCUGCUUCCUCCCCCGACUGCGCCGAUGCCUCCUCUCACUCCUGCAUCCACGCCGCAACCUCCGCUCUCUACCCCGACUGCGCCAAUGCCGCCUCCCCCUCGCCCGCCUGCACCCACACCGCCGCCUGCGCCGCCUCCCUUGCCUGCGCCCGUUAAACCUUUACAGGCAUCUUCUCAACCUAAAGCUGUUCAGCCAUCGACGCCUGUUGAGCCACUGCUGUCAAUUCAGACACUGCCUCCUGUUCAACCACAAUCACCUGCUCAGCCGCAACUCAUACAGCCGCCGUCGCCUCAGGUGCCGCUACCCACAGAGGAAAACGUCAUCAAGCAUUUUGAAACCGUCCACAAUGCGGCUGACGUUGAUUAUUUGAUCGAUCUCCUCGACAAGCUCUUGGAGUCUCUGCUAAAUAGGUCAAAAAAAGAAAAGACGUUACAGAGAAGCAUUAGUUCAGAAACUUUAUCAGAUUCACUGAACGGUAGAACAAGUUCAUUAUGGACUUCCUUUCUCCUAAGUGGAUCUCUAUUCCUUGAAUUUGUGAAUAAGCAUAUUCAGCUGGAGAAGGGUGACGAAGGAAACAGAAAAGUUGUAGCACAAAUAUUGCAAAGUGUGGGGAAGGUGCAUUGGGUGGUUGGAGGGCUAGCUGUUGUAGCUUUCUUGCUAGACGAGAUUGGUCAAAUUUCAGAAAACCGGAGUGAAUGCAUAGAACUCUUAAAGCAAAUGGUUAAGCUUGCUGGGCAUAUUAGAAAGUUGAAUUAUGAUUUGCCUCAAGAGGACAAGAUAUUGAGUGAGGCGAUUACAUUGAUUGUUGAAGGAUCCAUGAUGUGCGCUUCUCAAUUAAAGUCCAGAACACUUUUCCGGUUUUUGAAGGCUUCUGUGGACUCCAAAAGCUUGGCUACUCUACAAUCGAAAAUUAAUCAACUGUAUCAGGAUCUUACAUUGAGAGUAGCGAUAGAAAUACAACAUCAGCAGUCGAUUGCCUUCGCUCCUUGGCAGCCCAUUUAUCCAGAUUAUGCAAUGGGCAUAGAAGAGCAGAAGAAACAAGUAAAGAAGUUGCUGGACUUGGAAGGAGAAAACAUGUCACCAUUGGCCGUGGUUAUUUAUGGAUUUGGGGCCAUAGGAAAGACCACCCUCGCUACUGUUGUUAUUGCAGGCUUAGAUCUCAAGGACCACAACUACUCAGGAGUCGAAAUCAAAGAAGACCGCUCCAAGAAUGACAUAAUAUGUAUGCAGCAACAAAUAUUGAAAGACGGUUUCCUAGCAUAUACUUAUGGCAGGAAUGUAACAUUGAGAAAUAGUACAGAGGGUCGGGAUCAUCUCACCAGCGCUUUCCAAGCCCAAGGAAACAAGCCAGUAUUUCUUUUUAUUGACAACGCUCUUCGCGCAGAAGACUUGCAAGAGCUUUUCCCAAAACGCUUAGCAGGCCUUCCGAAGCGUAGCAGAAUAGUGCGACGGAUAUGCUCCUAGACGCGGGCCUUGAACGUCGUGAACAUCGUGUGGGUACUCUCCCCGACCAAGAGGGGAUUAAAAUUUUGCUAAAAGAUGAUCAUCAUAAUACAAUCAACAGCGAUAACUUGAAAAAAAUCCUCCAGAUUUGUGACGGGAUUCCGUUAGUGCUAGAAAUUGUCGGUGCUCGUUUACGCAAGCAGAAUUACAUGGCAGACAGAUGUACACAAAUUUUUGAAGCUCUGGAGAAAGGAGAGGAUAUCAAAGGAGAAAACCUGAGCCAACGUCUGGUGACUUCUGUAUAUAAUGAUCUGGAAGCAUCUACACGCGAAUCGUUUCUGGAUAUUUGCUGCUUCUUUGCUAACUGUAGUCGCCGUGAUGUGGAGUACAUUUUGGGAGCUGAGGACAUCACACUUCUCCAUGAGGCAGCUUUGAUGAAGACGUCUGACAAAGACGAGUUGAUUGUCCACGACAUCAUCAGAGCAAAAGGGCGAAGCUUGUCUAAAAGCAAUAGAAUAAUGGAUUUGCAGUCCUGGCUGGAAGUUACACACGACGAUCAAAAGCUCAAGCAAAUUAAAGGAGUUUGGCUCGGUAAGGAGGAAUCUGAAUCUGUUACUGAAGUUGAUGGGAAGCAAUUACAUUCAUUGAAAAAUUCAUUGAGAGUUCUGUGUUUGGAAAGCCAUAUAAAAGUCUUAGGAUCAAGCCAAAAACCAUCUAAAUUUAAGGAGCUCAGAUUUCUCCGACUGGGCGGCGACAUUUCUGCUUUAUGGCCAGCUACUUUAGAGUCGCUUGAACGAUUGACUGUGUUCCAUGGCCCUGUCUUCAAAGAUGUUGUGACUUUG